UAUAAGUGUACGCGUGAUGGUGAAUAAUCGUACUUCUAAGUUCUAAUUAAGAAGAAUCCGAACUUAAUAUUGAGCUCUUUAAUUUCACUAAUUUGAGGAAAACAUGACUAUGAAGCAAAAGAUCGUAAUUGAGGUGCCACUCCACUGUGAGAGGUGCAAGAAGAAGAUUAUGACCAUAUGCACUAUGGCAGAUGGUGUCACUUCGGUUACUUUUCAAAGGGAAGAGAAAGAAAAAGUGGUUAUUAUAGGAGAAGGAAUAGAUGCAGCUGGGGUAGCAGCAUGUUUGAGGAAGAAGGUGAACAAGUAUGCUAGGCUAGUUAGUGUGGCCAAUGAUACAUGAAGAAUAUUGAAGAGAGUUCACACACACGUGUGUGUGUGUGCGUGUGUGAAUUUGUAUCUUUAUAUAGUUUUUGUGUGUGUUGUUAUUUCUAAUAUUCAUGUGGGGGUUAGAAAGUGAUUUAUUUGUUAAUGUUUUCCUAAAUUAAUAAUCAAAAUUGUAUCGAUUAUUGUUUGUGCCA